UUUCCCAACCUUUCCAUUUCCACUCUCCCCGCUGACACAACCGAGCACUCGCCGCCGCCUUCGACCUCGGGGGCGGAGCUGCGCAUGCCAAUGGCCACCGCCGCCGUAGCUUUCACCUCCUCCCACCUCGCCCCCUCUAUUUCAACCCGUAUUCGCCGCAGGCGCCCCGCGCCGCGCGCCUCAGCAGGCGGCGUCACGGCGCGCGCCCGGCGGCUGCGCUGCGAGUUCGUCGCCGGCGGCGGGAACGGCGCGCUCUCCGGGGAGGACGACCCUCGACUCGUAGACCGCCAAAAAGCUCUUGAUGCGGCCAUGAGUGACAUAAACAACUCUUUUGGAAAAGGAAGCGUUACAAGAUUAGGCAGUGCUGGUGGUGCUUUUGUUGAGACGUUUCCAAGUGGUUGUCUAACACUAGAUUUUGCUCUGGGUGGUGGUCUUCCAAAAGGAAGAGUAGUGGAGGUAUAUGGCCCAGAAAGCAGUGGAAAGACUACCCUAGCUCUGCAUGCAAUUGCUGAAAUACAGAAACUAGGAGGAAAUGCCAUGCUUGUCGAUGCAGAGCAUGCUUUUGAUCCAGCUUAUUCGAAAGCUCUUGGGGUAGAUAUUGAGAAUCUGAUUGUCUGCCAGCCUGACAAUGGAGAGAUGGCACUAGAAAUUGCGGACCGUAUGUGCAGAUCUGGAGCAAUAGAUCUCAUCUGUAUCGAUUCAGUGUCAGCGCUCACUCCACGUGCAGAAAUUGAAGGUGAGAUAGGGAUGCAGCAGAUGGGUCUACAAGCUCGUCUGAUGAGUCAAGCAUUGAGAAAGAUGUCAGGCAAUGCUUCAAAGGCUGGCUGUACUCUUAUGUUCUUGAAUCAAAUAAGAUACAAGAUUGGAGUAUUCUAUGGGAAUCCUGAAGUCACUAGUGGAGGGAUAGCUUUGAAAUUCUUUGCAUCUGUUCGCCUCGAGAUACGCUCCACUGGGAAGAUAAAAUCUGCCAAGGGAGAUGAAGACGUUGGUGUGAAGGUUCGUGUCAGAGUGCAGAAGAGCAAAGUCUCUAGGCCCUACAAGCAAGCUGAAUUUGAAAUCAUUUUUGGAGAGGGUGUUAGCAAAUUGGGGUGUGUUCUUGAUUGUGCUGAGCUGAUGGAAGUAGUUGCAAAGAAGGGUUCGUGGUAUAGCUACAAAGAUAUGAGAUUGGGCCAAGGCAGGGAAAAGGCAUUACAGUAUCUCCGAGAGAACCCAACAAUCUGUGAUGAGAUAGAAAAGGUGGUUAGAGCUAUGAUACCAGAAGGAACCAGACAUAUGAGCCUACUAGCUUUUGGGCAGUCAUCAUUAACUGAAGAUGAUCAAGUGUAUGAUGAGCAAUAGCAGUGCCUUAGGUUCUGAAGAUGAACAACUGUGAAACCGUCUAGUACCACAAUUCCAGGUUUUUAUCCCUCUGGGAUGGCAGAAAAGACCAGUGGUGAUUGAAUGUCAGGAUCGUGCUCGUUCUUGACAUCGAACAACGUGCAGUGGUGCGUGCACUGUUGGAGGGAAGUUUGGCUGAUGGGUUGUGCCACUGGCCGCUGCUGGGAAUGAUAUAACUUGGGGGGGGGGGGGGGGGGGAAGGGUUAUUUUGUGUAUGACAGCGGAACUGAUAUUUCCAAUUAAUGAAGCUAAUGUUUAUUUA